AUGGCUUCAAUCGAUGACCAAAAGAAGCUUGUCAAACGUAUCUGCCAGAAAUACCAAAAUUCACCAUGGCUGCCCCUCUCUCAGCUCCAGAAAGCUACUUCGCUCGAUACCCCAGCACGUGGAGGAAUCUGGAUCUCAAGAACUACCUUUUCAGCACCUUCUAACCCGGCUAUCAGAAACGCCCUGUUCUCAGUUAUCCACCGUUUGAAGAAGGAGUACCACCACAUCUCGCCGGAAGAAGAAACUCCAAUCGCCGACGUGGGCGUUGAAUUCAUCGGCCCUCGCUCUCAAGUUCCAGAUGAUGCCCCUGAGCCGGAUAUUCCAGAGGAAGACAAGCUUCGUGCCCUGCUGCAGGAAUGCGAUAGCAGACUGACCAUCCUCUAUGCUCAUGGUGGUGGUCUUUACUUCAGUGGCCCAGCACAGUAUCGUGCUUCCUCCGUUCGCCUGGCAAGGUUAACCGGUGCGCGUGUCGCCUCCAUUAAAUACCGCCUUGCGCCAUCCCAUACCUUCCCCGCCCCGAUUCUGGACAUUCUCAUCGCAUAUGCAAGUCUACUGUACCCUCCACCCGGGGCUCCUUACCCAGCCGUCCCCGCGAACCAGAUCGUAUUGGCUGGGAAUAGCGCCGGGGCGAAUCUAACACUCGGCCUCAUGAAAUUCCUCCUCGAAAUGCAGAAACUCCCUCCCUUGGACGCAACAUUUGAUUUCCAUGGACAGUCCGUGAAUCUACCUCUUCCUGCUGGUCUUGCGAUCGUAAGCGGUUGGUGUGAUCAGUGUGAUUCACUGCCAUCCUGGCACUGUAAAGGCGAGAUCGACAUCCUGAACGUGCUUCAGCCCGCAUGUAUGCCCGGCUACCCCACCGAUAGCAUUUGGCCUGCGAGUCCGCCACGCGAAGUCCCCUAUUGCGUGGCUGCUUUGCUCGACCAUGAACUUGUCAGUCCCGCAGCCGUGGAAGAUUGGACGGGCACACCGCCGAUGUGGUUCGCGUGUGGCUGUGAGGAGCGCGGAGUGGAUGGGAACCGGGUGGUGGCAAGUCAGGCAGCGAAGUCUGGUGUCUCAGUGGUCUGGAAUGAGUAUGAGGGGAUGCCGCAUGAGUUUCCGAUCUUCCUUGGUGCCUUGCCGCAAACCAAGCAUCUUCUUCAACUCUGGGCUGCGGCCUGUCAGUCCUUUACAAGGGGCAAAAUUGGGGCGGCAGCGCCGAAGUUGAUAGCUGUGAGGUGGUUAAUGCCAGAUUGUAAACGGGUAGAGUUGGGUAAUCCAGUCGAUAUUGCUCCGUUGCCGUUUGCGGAGGUGAGAAAGAAGAUGAAGGCGUAUAAUGCUACGCGACCCGUUUGGACUGGGAGAUUACACGAACAUAAAUUGUGA